AUGGAUAUGGACGGAGGGUGCGGCUUCUUCGAGGUUUCUGAAUCGUCUGGACUUGCCCCUGAAGAAGACUCAUCCCGAAUACCAUCGUGGAUCUCUGUGGAUAGUAAUCGGAGCAGCACUUCUGGGCCCAGCUACCUGAGCGAAGCGAGCUCGCGUAGCUCCAUCGAUGAUGAAGAGUUGCUUUUCGAGAUUAGGGCUGAGGAGAGUUUGAAGCAGGAGAGGCUGCAGGCUGCCGCCGACUUGGCAGCAUCUGCCGAAUAUCACAUGUUGGUGAAUGAGUUCACCAGCGGCUUCGGAAGUUUGAGUCUCAAUGACGAUUUCCUUCCUCCCCCUGAGGCCCCAAAGUCUCUCCAAAACCAAGUCCCCGAUCCUUCUUACCACCAGACCCAGCAGCCUCCUCACCACGAACAACCUCGCAAUCUUCAAACCAACUCCCAGCCGCCUGCCCCGAGGCCGCAACCCAAGGAACAGCUAGCGCAGUCGCAUCUCUCAGACAACCUUCCCCGAAUCGAGUUGCCUUUAGGUUUCGACGCGAAAGAGAACGCGGUUCAUCACGCCCGCGGCUUUAGUGGUCGCACCAGCCGGCGUCGUGCACCUCCCCAUGCCAUUAACCCUCCUAUGGUUGCGCCACCUCCCAUGAUCCGGUCUGCUGUGGACAUGCCGGUCACGCACAGCGCCUUUGACAGCGACUCGGACGACGACGACCUCGACAGCUCGGGCAAACUGAGAGAGUUCAAGACCUGGCUCGCGAACGAGGCGUCGCCCCUGAGAAACUACUACCACGAGAAUCUCGAGGGGCGGUAUCGGUCUCCGGGCUCAUUUGUGCCGUCCUCGGUGGCACCUCACAUGGUCGCCGACAAAUUGAUAGGGAGCGCAAGGGGCGCCGUGAGCAAAGCCAAGGCCAAAGGUUUCCCACGGAGCUCUAGGAAAGAAUCGCCAAUGCAAAUCGAAUUCAUCGGAGGCGGAAGGGUGAUAUGA